CGGCCGCGGAGACAGCGACGCGGCGGGACCCGAGCCUGCCCCCGCUGAGUCGCGCCGCGCCGCCGGGCACCCGCCAGUCCGAUGGGGCCGCCGCGGCCGCUGCCCCCCGCCGCGGCCGCGCUGCUCUGGGGCUUCCUGCUCCCGCUGACAGCUGCUCAGGAAGCAAUCCUGCAUGCCUCUGGAAAUGGCACACCUUUACCCUCUAAGGACUACUGCAUGCUCUAUAACCCUCAUUGGACAGCUCUUCCAAGUACCCUAGAAAAUGCAACUUCCAUUAGUUUGAUGAAUCUGACUACCACACCACUGUGCAAUCUUUCUGAUAUUCCUCCUGAUGGAAUAAAGAACAAAGCAGUUGUGGUACAGUGGGGAACCUGUCAUUUUCUUGAAAAAGCCAGAAUUGCACAGACGGGAGGUGCUGAAGCAUUGUUGGUUGCCAAUAACAGUGUCCUAUUUUAUCCCUCAGGGAACAAAUCUGAAUUUCUUGAUGUGAAAAUACUGAUUGCAUUUAUAAACUACAAAGACUUUAAAGAUAUGAAGCAGACUCUUGGAGAUAACAUUACCGUGAAAAUGUACUCUCCAUCAUGGCCUAACUUUGACUAUACUAUGGUGGUUAUUUUUGUAAUUGCUGUGUUCACUGUGGCAUUAGGAGGAUACUGGAGUGGAGUAAUUGAAUUCGAAAACAUGAAGGCAGUGACGAGCACUGAAGAUGGAGAAAUGAGGAGAAAGAAGGAAGAGUAUUUAACUUUCAGUCCUCUGACAGUUGUUAUAUUUGUGGUCAUCUGCUGUGUUAUGAUGGUCUUACUUUAUUUCUUCUACAAAUGGUUGGUGUAUGUUAUGAUAGCAAUUUUCUGCAUAGCAUCAGCAAUGAGUCUGUACAACUGUCUUGCUGCACUAAUUCGUAAGAUUCCGUGUGGACAAUGCGCGAUUAUGUGUCGUGGCAAAAGCAUUGAAGUGAGACUUAUUUUUCUCUCUGGACUAUGCAUAGCAGUAGCUGUUGUUUGGGCUGUAUUUCGAAAUGAAGAUAGGUGGGCUUGGAUUUUACAGGAUAUCUUGGGGAUUGCUUUCUGUCUGAAUUUAAUUAAAACACUCAAGUUACCCAACUUCAAGUCAUGUGUGAUACUUCUAGGCCUUCUCCUCCUCUAUGACGUAUUUUUUGUUUUCAUUACACCAUUCAUCACAAAGAAUGGCGAGAGUAUCAUGGUUGAACUUGCAGCUGGACCUUUUGGAAAUAAUGAAAAGAAUGAUGGAAACUUGGUGGAAGCCACUGCUCAACCCUCAGCUCCCCAUGAGAAAUUACCAGUAGUCAUCAGAGUACCAAAGCUGGCCUAUUUCUCAGUAAUGAGUGUGUGCCUCAUGCCAGUUUCAAUAUUGGGUUUUGGAGACAUUAUUGUACCAGGCCUGUUGAUUGCAUACUGUAGAAGAUUUGAUGUUCAGACUGGUUCUUCUAUAUACUAUGUUUCCUCUACAAUGGCCUAUGCUGUUGGCAUGAUACUUACAUUUGUUGUUCUGGUGCUGAUGAAGAAGGGGCAACCUGCUCUCCUCUAUUUGGUACCUUGCACACUUAUUACUGCCUCUGUUGUUGCUUGGAAACGUAAGGAAAUGAAAAGGUUCUGGAAGGGUAGCACCUAUCAGAUGAUGGACCAUGUGGACUCUGCAGCAAAUGAAGAAAACCCUGUGACUGCUGAUGAACAGAUUGUCCAACAAUAAUAUUAUGUGGACCUGCAAUAACGUGUCAGUUGAUUUUUUACAAAUAGAUUUUGACUUUUUAAAUUGACUUUUGAAUUCACAAUCCAAAAGAAUCUUCAGUGAUAUGCUUACAAAUAUAUAUUUUUAAGAGCUGGUACUGACAAUUACAUCAUAAAUAAUUAAAAUACAUUUGCUUUUAAGUAUGUUAAAGUUGUGCCUUCACAUUAAAUAAAAGUAUAUGGUCUGUGUAAUUUUCAAGAUGUAUUAUAUACAGUAUAUUUUUCUAAAAAAUGUCUUGACCCACCCCUGUACUUUUCUUACUGAAAUCUGUUUCUUUCAACUCUGAUAGAUAAAGUAUUUCUGUCAAAGUGAGUUACUGAACAGAUUUUACUAUAAAGAAUUAUGCAAAUUUUGUGCUCUAUAGAAAUAACUGUUUAAGACCAUGCAAGAAGGCAGUUCAACAAUGAAAUUUUGGACCUUUUAUCACUGCAGAGGUUAGAAAAAUACAAUUUGUGAAUAUAUAUAAAUGCAUAUUUUUGUAGUAUAAAUUUUUUAAAAAUUCCAAUCCUUUUUUAAACUUGAGAACCUGAGAACCUAAAUUACUUCAGACUGCGUAUGUAUUAUAUUAGAAUAUUUUCCAGGUAUAGAGAAACAUAAUAUAUAGAACUAGCCAUUAAAAGGAUACAAAAACUAAAAUCCAGUUUUCAGUUGUCUGCUGUUUCCUUAAAGAUGGAGCUUAAAUUUCUACACUAACAUUCAAUUUCACUAUAGUAUUUCUGAUCUCUGAAGGUUGAUUCUGUUGAUGUUAAGCCUUGAUAUUUUGUAAAAAUUAUUUUUCUUAUCAAAUUAUAUAUUGAUACGUAUGGUUCAUUUUUUGAGUGUAACAUUCCCUAACAAUCCACUCCCCACCUUUUUUCCCCUGGUUUCCACUCCUUUUCCCAUAGGAAACCACUGUUAACCUUUCAAUAUUUUGGUGGAGGAUGGUUUACUAAUAUACAGUGUGCUUCAGAGGAAAGAACUGGAGACAAAAGACAAGAGACUGGAUAUUAGUCUCAAUUUAAUUGCAAUAUAAGAGUUUGAGUAAAUUAUCUUAGCUCAAGACACUGGUAUCUCAGUUUUUUCAUCUGCGAAGUGAGUAGAUUAGACCAAUUAAUCACUCUAGUACCUUCCAACCUGAAAGUGUUUCUCAUUCUUUGCUAAAUCUCAGAUGUGGCCUUGAACGUUAUCUUGGGAGUUAGGGGUCAAAUUAUCUUUCCAUUUUCUCUAAGAAAUUCCCAAAUGACAAGUGAUUGUAAGGGCAGCAGGAUUUUGUAUAUCUUUACAAAUAAUGUACAAGAUAUGUGAACAAAUCUAUGAUCUUUCAUUCUAAGGCCAGUCAGCUGAUUAAAAGAUAAAGCUCAUGCCUUUUAAAAUGGAUCAGACUUUUGAUGUUUGAACUGAAUUUAGCACUUGAGGGAAUUAGAUGCUUUUGUUUAAUUAACUUUUGCUUAGUAAAUUGCAGGUAGAGAAGCUACCUUGAGAGUCAGCCCCUCUCUCCACUUAAUACACUUAUAGGUUCUGUGGUUUAUGGCAAAUGACAAGUAAGUAUCUGACAAGUAAGGGUUAAUCUUAAUUUUGCCUCCAUAAUAUCGUUUGAAUUUUUUCCAAAGAAUCUAAUUUAUUUGGCAGACUCUGAUAGAACAGAUUAAAUGCCAUUUUAAAGCUCCAACUAUGUUUUCAUUUAUAAUAUCAAUAAAAUGUUUGCCAAAAUACAGCUUUUGUAGUAAAAUUAUCUGCACUCUCAUCCCAGCUUUAUGAUAUUCAAAGCCUCAACAUUUUAUGAAGAAUAUUAAAGAAAAUGUUACAUCUAGAAAUCUGAAAUCUUAGUUCUUUGAGACAAGUUCUAUUUUAUCCAACCAGUAGUUUUUAGGGUGGUAAAACCUUGUUCUAGUUUGCUAUUCAAGUCUUAUUGAUUAAAUACAAAUAAGAAAUAAAAAGUGAAUUCCUUAGGUUUCUCCAUCCUCAAUAUCAACUUUAUAUUGUACUUAAUUCUUCUAGCAACCUGGAUGAAAAUAUUUAGAGAAAUUAUAAUAAAGCACAAAUAUUUUAUUUUGGGAAUCAAAAUGAACAAAGGACAGAGGAGAUGAAAAUUUGGCUUUAAAAGGCUGUAUAAUUUCUUCCUCUCUUGUUCUCCCACCACCAAUAACUUUAAGAGGAAGAGAAGUUAGUUUUUUCCUAAAUAUGUCUUAAAAACAAUAAGAUAUAUUGUAUUAUUACUUACUGCAAAAAGAAGUACUACUACUUAGAAAUUCCCUAUGAACAUUUUUGUAACUUAUCAAACAAAUCACUAAAUAUCUCAUUGUAAUGUAGAUGAUUUUUAUUUCAGUUCAGCAAAGAUAAAUAUGAAGUUUGUGGGGGAAGACCUUGAUAUUCUAAUACAUAUUUUCUCCUAGCUUGUAGAUUUUUUAAGAUUAGCAAUACCUUAUUAGUAGAAUCCGCGAUUUAUUUCUCUUUGGAAGGAAGAGAAUUAUAGCCCAUCUAUUAUUGGCAUUCAUAGAUAAAAUUCAUAGAUUUUAGUGAUAUGUCCAUAGAGAUUUUAGUAAAAUGGUACAUUUAUAGUAGAUACAAAUGAGCUUUCUGAUUUUCCUUUGCUCUUUCAAUUUCUGCCUUAGGUAUAAGCAAACAUUAUUUUUACAUUUGACUAAAAAAUGUUGGAACUAAUUUAUUUAAGCUUAGUCUCUAAAAUUUCUGCCUGAUUUCAGCCAAUGAGAUUUCAAAAACACAGGAAUUGUGUUUCAAACUAGUAGAAUGUACUAGUUUGAAAGGCUUUACAUUUUCCCAUUAACAAGGAAAAAAGUUGGGAAUUUAUUCAAGAUGAUGCCAAAUAACCAAUUCUACAAAUUUAAAAAAUUUAUUUUCAGUGCUGUUUACCUCAGAGGAUAAUUCUUAGGGGGUUGGGGAGGGUAAUGCAAAUAAAAUCAAAAUACUAAAUAUAGGGGCCGGCCCUGUGGUGUAGCAGUUAAUAAGUGCGUGCGCUCCGCUGCUGGCGGCCGGGUUUCGGAUCCCAGGCGCGCACUGAUGCACCGCUUGUCAGGCCAUGCUGUGGCGGAGUCCCAUGUAAAGUGGAGGAAGAUGGGCACGGAUGUUAGCCCAGGGCCAGUCUUCCUCAGCAAAAAGAGGAGGAUCAGCAUGGAUGUUAGCUCAGAGCUGAUCUUCCUCACAAAAAAAAAUAAUAAAUACUAAAUAUAAAUCAUUUUAUGCUUCGUGAAAGAAAGAUACUUUAGAAAUUCAAGAGAUGUAAAUAACAUUACUCAAUGUUUUGGAAUUGGAAAGAAAUUGCAUAGUACUCAUGAUUUGGGUUACUGAAUUUUCAAAGUAAGCAAAAUGAUUUUUUUAAUAUCUAAAGUUUAUCUAGUUAGCCUGCAGGAUUUCCCAGUAGGGUAAGUCAGUGUAAUUUAGGUAGUUUUUGCCUAUUUUAUACCUUCUGUUGUGUUUUGUUCAAAUGAGAACCUUUUUAAAAAUAUAAAUGAUUGAAUUUUUACAUCUGAGACGAUUGGUUUGAGUGUGGAGUUUUUUUUAACACCUUGAUAUGUAAGUUAGUGUAAAGUAAUCCUUUUAUAACACUACUAGGCUUUAUUUUUUUAUGGAAUAUGAUUUAAAAUUUAAAAAUUUUGAAGUGUGAAUUUAGCAGUGCUUUAAAACUCUUCAUUAUGUGCCAAUACUGACAAGGAAAACAAUUUUUUUAAUGUAUUGAAUUCACUAUGGUGUUCAAUAAAUUCUAUUUUAAAAUGAAA